AUGGGUGCGCUUCGCAAGGCCUCCCUAUCCAGGCCGGAGGGCGAGGUGGGAAAGUCAUGGCCCGGCAUCGCCAUCGGCUUCUUUGUCGCCUUUGGCGGCGUCUUGUUUGGCUAUGACACGGGCACCAUCAGCGGCAUCCUUGCCAUGCCUUACUGGCAAAGCACCUUCAGCACGGGCUACGUCAACCCCCAAGGCCACCUGGACAUCACCACCAGCCAGGAGUCGGGCAUCGUCUCCAUCCUCUCGGCCGGCACCUUCUUCGGCGCCCUGCUCUCGCCCUUUCUCGGCGACCACGUCGGCCGCCGCCCGGCCCUGCUCAUCUCCACCUGGGUCUUCAACCUCGGUGUCGCCCUCCAGACGGCCGCCACCUCGAUCCCGCUCUUCCUGGCCGGGCGCUUCUUUGCCGGCUUGGGCGUCGGUCUCAUCUCUGCUCUGAUCCCCCUCUACCAGUCCGAGACAGCCCCCAAAUGGAUCCGCGGCGCCAUCGUCGGCGCCUACCAACUCGCCAUCACAAUCGGCCUCCUCGUCGCCGCCGUCGUCAACAACGCCACUGGGUCCCGCUCCGACACGGGCAGCUACCGCAUCCCCGUCGCCGUCCAGUUCGCCUGGUCGCUGAUCCUCUUCGCCGGCAUGCUCGUCCUCCCCGAGACGCCGCGCUUCCUCGUCCGCUCCGGCCGCGACGACGGCGCCGCCCGCGCCCUCGGCACCAUCCGCCGCCUGCCCGCCGACCACCCGGCCGUCCGCCGCGAGCUCGACGAGAUUCGCGCCCACCACGAGCACGAGAUGAGCCUCGGCUCCGCGUCGUAUCUCGACCUCUUCCGGCCGCCGAUCCUGAAGCGUCAGUUUACCGGCAUGGCGCUGCAGGCGCUGCAGCAGCUCACCGGCAUCAACUUCAUCUUCUAUUACGGCACAAAGUACUUUCAGAACUCGGGCGUCUCCAGCGGCUUCGUCAUCCAGAUGAUCACCUCGGCCAUCAACGUCGCCUCCACCAUCCCGGGCCUCUACGCCACCGACAAAUGGGGCCGCCGCCCUCUGCUCCUCUGGGGCGCCGUCGGCAUGUGCGUCUCGCAGUUCAUCGUCGCCAUGUGCGGCACUCUCUCGUCGGGCCAGGCCGACGACGGCGUCGUCUUCGUCACCAACCUCGCCGGCCAGAAGACCGCCGUCGCCUUCUCGUGCAUCUACAUCUUCUUCUUCGCCUCCACCUGGGGCCCCCUGGCCUGGGUCGUCACGGGCGAGAUCUUCCCCCUCAAGACGCGCGCCAAGUCGCUCAGCAUCACCACCGCCACCAACUGGCUCCUCAACUGGGCCAUUGCCUACGCCACCCCCUACCUCGUCAACUUUGGCGACGGCUUCGCCAACCUCCAGUCCAAGAUCUUCUUCGUCUGGUUCGGCGCCUGCUUCCUCUGCAUCGCCUUUGUCUACUUCUUCAUCUACGAGACAAAGGGCCUCUCCCUCGAGGAGGUCGACCAGCUCUAUACCGAGGUCCCCUCGGCUCGCAAGUCGACAAAGUGGACGCCCAACGAUAGCUGGGUCCGGCGCCAGAGCAUUGCCCAGGAGGGCCCCGACCACAAGAAACGCAAUUCCGCCGACGCCGACGCCGGCCACGACGCACACCCUCAAGGGGAAGAUAAGGAGACGGCAUAG